UCUUCGUUCAUGUUCUUUCUCCCUCUAGAUUUGUUCCAUGAUCUUCAGAUUUCACGCGUUUGAUCGUUUUCUUCGCUUAAAUCUCCUAAACCAUGUCUUUAUUAAUUAAUCUAAAGUUCUAGGGUUUAGUGCCGUAGAAUCUUUUCCCGUUUCAGUCGACCAUGAUGAAUUUGUUUUGGCCUUCUGGUCGAAUUUAUCUUGCUUGGGCUCGUGAUUUAGAUUCCUCGCACUAUGCUCGUCUGCAUCAUUUGCCGUUGCUUAUGCGUUUGUAUACAAUGCCUAUUCCUAUGUUUCAGUUGGACUUUGGGCAUGCUCAUCUCCAUCUUGGCACUUGAAUCUUCUGUUGAUUUUGAGUAUGCGAGCUUUCUCUUUGAGCUAAAGUGUCAUACUUGUAGCUAUUUUGAAAUUCCGGAAGAUGAUUUACUCACUUCGGAGAACAAAAUGGCUGGCCUUGGUUAAGAUUCCAGAGUAUACACGGCCGCAGUUUUCUUCUGUAUCGAGUUUGGAACGGCUGAGAUUUUUGUCUACUCUGAUUUCAGCUCAGGACAACAGCCGAGAAUCUUCGUUUAACAUCUCUAGUUUGACUGGUAGUGCUCCUGAGCCUGAUGUUGAGCGUUUGCAGUCGUCAAACGAGAAAGAAUAUGUAUUGAAAUUCCUCAAAGAUAAUGGUUUCUCUGAAUAUCAGAUCAAAUCUGUUGUUUCUCGAUAUCCAGGUAUCCUUAUCUUAGAUCCUGAGAAAACCCUGAGGCCAAAAAUGGACUUUCUGUUUUCGAAAGAUAUAUCAAAACCUGAAUUUCUGAGAAUAGUUUCAGAGGAACCAUGGAUACUGACCCACAGUGUGGAGAAUAUCAUGAUACCUAUAUUUGAUUUGCUGGAGGAUGUGACUGGUAGCAAGGGGAAUGCAGCUCGAGCUGUCAGAAACUACCCAUUCGUGUUCCGCUCCUGCACUGCUAAGUCCAUUGACCUGAAUAUGAAGAAGUUGCAAGAUGCCGGGGUUCCCAAAAAGAGGAUUGCCAGGUUGAUGAUUCCCCAACUUAAAGCAUUUGCUCCACAACCAUCAAGGUUCGAUGAAGCCUUAGCCAUGGUCAAAGAAAUGGGGUUUGAACCCAGGGAACCCUCAUUUGGUAUUGCGGUUGGAGCAAUCGGACUGUGCAGUAAAUCUGCUUGGGAAGGGAAAAUGAAUCUUUUGAGGAGCUAUGGCUUGUCCGAUUCAGAGAUCUUGGUAGGGUUCAAGAAAGAACCAGCAAUCAUGAUGUUCAAAGAAGAGAACACGAGAGCGAAAAUGAACUUCUUCCUCAAGGGUAUGCACUGGAGUCUAAACAAGGGAGAGGUGAAGGAAGGGGAAAUCAGUUCGGUUAUGUGGUUACUGAAGUUGCCCGAAACAAAAUUUGUAGAGAAAUUCGUUACCCGUUAUGAAGAUCGAGUCCCUCAGGUCAUGGAUGCGCACGAGGGCAAGUUGAGGAUGGAAGAUCUUCAUAGGUUAAAUUCGAAGGCUGUGUUCAAGAGGAAUGAGUUCUGGUCAGGUGCUUAGAUCUUUGGCAUUACUGCAUUUUUCAUUCAGAGCUUCAUUCCAACUAUAAUGGCUGCGUUUUUGUUAAAGCAUGGAUCAUUAAAAUGUGUAGGAAACCUGUCUGUUUCAAUAUCUAUUACCCAUUUUCUUCUC